AUGGACAAUUCCCUCUGCAUCUCGUCCAGUGAUCUACACCACUCCUCUUCACAUUCAACCUACCUAGCACCCUCCCUCCCCUCUGUCGCUGCAGACGCAUCCACUCUAGCUGCAUCACAACCACCGCAUCAACAACACCACCAAUUCCCCUCUCCCAACCCAAACUUCCAUCCGAACCACCACCAGCAAACCAAGCGUCUCCAGCCCUUCGUCCCAGCAGACAAUCCCCUCCCCUCUUCAGGACCAUCCACCUCCACCUACACACAGCUCCAACCACAAUCCCAACUCCACACGCAAUGCCUGCCCCUCGACAUCCGCACCAUCCUCAGUCCUCCCGACCUCGACCUCUGGCGCACGCGCCUCUUCAACAUCGAUGAAAUGAUCGUCCUUAGUGAGCAACAAUUCCUGACUUACUUCCCGCACAUCGACAACGUCUACUCCCACCGCUCAACGCAGCACUACAAGCGCAAGCCCCUCGUCUCGCACUACUGGGACUGCCGGCUCAAGGGCCGCCCGCCGGGCACGCCCAAGUCCACCGACCCCAACAAGAAGAAGCGGAAGCGCACGGCCCGCGAGCGGGAUCUGUGCGAUGUCAAGAUCAAGAUCACGGAGUAUUUUCCUUGGUCGGUUGAGCGGGAGAGUGAUGGGCGGGUGGGGGAGGGGGAGGGGGAGGACGGGGAAGAAGGGGAGGGUUUGUCGGUGGGGCGGAUGGAGGGAGUCUCCGGGUCCAAUUAUAAUCAUUCGUUUGGGAUGCUAACGCCGAAUCUGCAUGUGCUGUUGCCCGAGGGGCAUCCGGGAUUGCAGGGGCAGCGGUUCUUUACUAUCCAGAGGGUGAAUGGGAAUGGGGGGAAUGGGAAGAAUGAUGGGGUUACGGGGGGGCAUCGGCAUACGCUGGAAGAGAGUGAUCGCGUGAAGAAAAAUAGUGUGCAGCGGUUUCUCUUGAAGGAGGCGAGGCAAGAGAAGAAGAAGGCGGUCUCGGUAAGUUUCGAGAUGCCUUUUUAUUUGUCUCUAUGUUCUACUACUGUCGGUGGGCGGUGGUGUUGA